AGCUUUGCUCGGGCGCGGUAACGUUGGAAGCGGUUGUGUGAAUGCUAUUCCUAGUCAGUAUUUUUCUUGUCGAGGCAGUGAUUUCAGACCUUCCAUUGGAUAACUGACGCUACACCACAGUCUAUCAUCAGGAACUGCAGACAGCUGAAGAAGUGACGUGGAAUUGACUUGAUUGACACAGCGACACUGGAGUAACUGCAGAGGAAGCUGCGGAAAGUGUAAAGUAAGGUAAGGUACGUGUCUGCGCUCCUGCACCGGUUCAACAUCGUGCCUCGAACUUUGGAUAAAUCAAGCCGCCAUCUUCACGACGUACUAAAUUCUUCAUUGUGUGGACCGUGAUGGUGUGGUAGAACAAAAUAAAAAGCAGUUUGACAGAGCUCUUACUUGAAGAUGGGCAAAUUAUUAAGCCUUCUUGCAAGAGAUGACUCAAAUUGUUGUUCACCACAAAAAUAUGAUGUGUUCCUUGAUUUUGAAAAUGCACAGCCAACUGAGACGGAGCAAGAAACAUUUGAAGAGGUACAAAGGGUCUUGAGAAACUCGGAAUCGAUUUUGGAAGACAUCCAGUGUUAUAAGGGAGCAGGAAAAGAAAUAAGAGAGGCUAUUUCAUCACCUACUGAAGAGUAUCAGAAGAAAGCCUGGCAGGCAGUGAUGCCUCUGGUUACAAAACUGAAAAGGUUUUAUGAAUUUUCUACAGAACUUGAGGCUGUAGUUCCAAAGAUUUUAUUCCAGCUAUGUUCGGGCUCAAUGACUCCUACCCAACAUUUAGAAACUCAACAAGCUCUGGUCAAGCAGUUUGCUGAAAUUCUUGAGUUUGUACUGAAAUUUGAUGAAUACAAGAUGAAAACACCAGCAAUACAAAAUGACUUCAGUUACUAUCGUCGCACCAUAACACGACAGCGAAUGUCAAGCAGUGAUGGUUAUGAGCACCCUGAUACAAGAGAAGUGACAAAUGAGCUGGCCAAUCACAUGUCAUUAUUUUAUGCUCAUGCUACUCCCAUGCUGAAGGUUCUGAGUGAAGCAACUACAAGAUUUGUUGCUGAGAAUCAGGACAUCCCUAUUGAAAAUACAACAGAAACUCUAGGUACUAUGGCAAAAGUUUGUUUGCGGAUGCUGGAAAAUCCGAAUUUGAUAGCCCAGUUCCAAAGAGAAGAAACACAGCUUUUCGUUCUACGAGUAAUGGUUGGACUUGUCAUUUUGUAUGAUCAUGUACAUCCACAAGGAGCAUUUGUGAAGGCUUCUAAUGUUGAUGUAAAGGGUUGUGUGAAGCUCCUUAAAGAUCAGCCUGCUGCUCGAUCAGAAGGUCUCUUAAAUGCAUUAAGGUACACUACUAAGCAUCUGAAUGAGGAGGCAACACCAAAGAAUAUAAAAAAUCUUCUUGCAGCAUGAGGAACACUGCUAUUUAGUGAUAAUAUUGUUGAUAUCAUUGCACAGUUAUAGGUGUUCUGCUCAAUGUGUACUCUGACACUAACUUGAGCAGGAUGACAAAAACAGCAGGUGUUUUGUGUGAUGUAUGUGCAUAUGAACAAAACAAUGGAUUAUAUAGAGAAAAUUCAUAUUCAUGUAAACAUUCAAACAGCAAAUGUUACCACCAGUGUGUGCAUUACAGUACAUGUGAAAUUGUGUAUAUUGAAAAGGACUGGUUGCUUAAUGUCUCUUGAAGUUCUUGCCAGAUAAACACUCUUAAAAUUAGAUUGGUUAUGCAUCUUAAAAAUACAGUGGGCAAGAAGCAAGCAAAUUAUUUGAAUGUGUGACUGCCUGGUAAAUGUGGACAGUUUGUGAAAUUAUGGUCCAUAUUAUAUAAGUUGCUGUUUCAUGAGAGACAAACUAUGGAGUUCCAUGGACAUAUUUCACUUUAAAAAAGUCCAAUUCCAUCAUGAUUAAUGUGGUUACAAGUUGUUCCAGUAAAGCUUUAAAAUUUUGCCUGCAAUAGAGUAACUCUAUUAAAAUUCUUUAUGUUUACGUGAUGGUAAACUCCUUGAAGAAAAGUAUCAGAGCAGAUUAUUAUAUUAAGUAUUACUUUUAAGUUUACAUGAACAAAUGUCAGAAUUUAUUUAUGUAACCAUAUUAGGCUGCCUGUACAUUUCAAUCAACUGAUUAUUUAAUAAACCAGUUGAAGUUUUAUUAAAAAAACUUGCAUGUCUCUCACUUACGUAGUGACAUGCUGGAUAAAUAUCCUUCAUUCUCUUCCGUAGUGUUCUUAUAAUGAAAGAACCUUCCAAGUGAUGGUUUUCUUUAUCUCUCUUCGAAAAUAUUCAAGCUUCCAUUAUGAUAACUGUGAUGCAUAUUGUUUGGUGUCACUGCCACUGUUUGAAAGAGUCUCUUUUACUAUUGUGUGUUCAUUGAAAUAUAUUAAGUGUUUUAAUUUAUUAACAAAAUUCAAAAUGUAUAGGUCACAGCAGUUGAUACAAGAAUAGAAGUAGAUUUUGACUGAUGCUGCAUUGGCAUGGGCAAGUGUGUGUGUGUGUGUGUGUGUGUGUGUGUGUGUGUGUGUGUGUGUGUGUGUGUGUCAGAUUUUUUAAAACAGUUUUCAUGGUGUAGUUACUCAACUGCAAAAUGGGAGCAUGAUAUGUGCAACAGAAAAAAGGCACAAUUUAAUGCGUAUGCUCAAGUGAUCAUUCCACACAUUUUUUAAAUAAUUUUGUGAAUAUACUUUGAAGUUAUUACUUUUGCAGCCGUGCCUGUUGUAAAGCAAUGUAUUUAAAAAAGAAAUUAAAAUUAUUCUGUCAGAACUGAAAUUGCAUUUGAAGUUGGAUUGAUGCAUGCAUGUGUGUGUGUGUGUGUGUGUGUGUGUGUGUGUGUGUAGUGCUGCAAUUUUUUUGGUGGGAUGGGGAGGGUUUUUGGUGAGACGGAAAAGGGGGGGGGGGUAGGAGGCUAUACAGUUCUCUAACUAAGAGCUAAAAGGCUGUUUAUUAUGAGGCCAAGCAUUGAUAAAUCUUGUUUCAUACUACUUUGAAAAGGACUGAUUAUAUACCAUAGAAAACACAACAUUAAUUUGAAAACUAAAUGCACAUGUGAAUUCAAUUUGCAGUUUUGUCUUCCUGUUCUGCUUAGUGUUUUCCAUACAUCGUGUACCUUUGUUGGGGUGUAUUUAGAUAUUUCCACCCAUUAAAAAGAUGUAGUGAGGACAGUUUCAAUUCUAUAUAUAACAUCUUAGGAUACUAUCUUACAGCUAUUUUCUGUCUUUCAGUGACAACUGUUAUUUACUUCUUACCAUUUUUCUUGAAAUAUUUCUUUUCCUGCAUACCCCUAAAAACACUUCAACCAAGCAAUAUCCAUUUUCAGAAUAUGAAUUUCAAAUCCUUGUUGGUGGGGUACUGCUAUCAGGAACAACUGUUUAUUGCUGCUCUCUGGCUGGCUUCUGUAACGUCCUACCACUGCUGUUUGAUUCUAAUUGUAGGAUUAAUUACAGUGCACAAAAUAUGAAAGUACAAGACACAUUGUGUUCCCUAUUCAGAGUGAUACUAGACAUAACAGUGUCAUACAGAAGUUCCUGAUUUAUAUUGCUACUAGGCACCAGAGAAUAGUACUGCAGCACUCUGCAGUUAUCAAUAUAAUAUAUUCUUCCCAUAAAUUUGCAGAACUUCAUUUUGUGCAAAGGUGCUGUGAUGAAGUGUCUAGAUUGUAUCAUUAAGUGUAAAUUUUUUAAUACAAGAAAAAUAUGUAGAACAGAGGGAACAUUUUGCUGAAAUAUUGUUUGCAGAUGUAUAAUGGUUCACUGUGUCCUCAGUUUAUAAGAAAGUGAUAUAAUUUUAUGAAGAGAGAGCAGAAUCACCUGUAUGUAGGGCUGUAUAUACAGGCAGUCUCACUAUUGAAAUGUUUAGAGUAAUCACCUUUACCAACACAUAUGAAUAAGAAAGGCUUUAAUACUUUGUCAUAUCAAUCAAGAAAUGUGUUAAUAAAUAAUUUUUAUUUAUUUCUGUACAUAAAUACUUGGAAUUUAUAUAAUGUUACCAUUUGUAUGUUAAUGAAAAUAGGUGCACAAACGUUGCUAUGAAUGUACAAAUUUUUAUCUGCAUGUGUGUAAAACAGAAAAAGUGGUGUGCUUAUAAUAGCAUGAAUGGUCUGUAUAUAUAAUGGAAGACAUUUCAGCAUGUGUACAAAUUGUCUUUAGUUUUUAUCUGCACUGUGUUACAAAAGUGAGUAGUUUGCAGUGAUGUAAGAGAUGUUUGUGGCAGAAAUUGUGUAUGCUGAUUCUAGAUUAGACAAUACUCGACAGAGGAUAAAAUGUUUUUGUUAAUGUGUUAUGAACCUGUACUUCCAGUUUUAAAUGAGAAUGAGUACCAGUGUAUGUUUGAAAUUUGUGAUAAUGAUUGUGUAAUUAUGUUUCUUUUUGUUAGUGUUUGCCUGUGUACUUUGUGAAAGUUCAAAGUUGUGUUUGUAAACUGUGCCU